UAUUGAUAUAUAUACACAAAACAUCAUCUGCUUUGCUAGAAAAUAAUCAUGGUUUCUUGUUUUUGACAUGGUCUGGUUUGUCCUCCUCACUUUCAAGGGAAACUAAGAGCAGAAUAUAAUAGUACAAAAGAAGAUGAAGAAAGUUGGAAACUUUAGAACAAUAAGUACAAGAAUUCUCAGCAAUCUUAUAUUUAUUCAACUCAGUUCUCUUUGUAUCUGUUCAGGUUCAAAUGCAACACCAAAAGAAUUCAUAGAGCAGAAGAAAAUGUUAUACCAAGUAGAGGAGAAAUUUGAGAAGUCUAACACAAUUUCUAGUAGUCAAAAGGAUAUAACAACUCCUAUAACAACAGUUCCAACAGGAAAUCCUACCACAUCCACUCCUGUCCUGAAUCCAACAAUCUCAAAUCCAGAUUCGACUCCCACUGGCCCGACUAAUUCAGUAAUGACACCUGCGAUAACCAAUUCUCCGGUGCCUUCAGGCGCGAGCUGGUGUAUUGCUAGCCGAGCUGCUUCGCAAAUUGCUCUGCAGGUUGCUUUAGACUAUGCUUGUGGCUAUGGUGGUGCUGAUUGCUCAGAAAUUCAGUCUGGUGGCAGCUGCUACAAACCUAACACUCUCCGAGAUCACGCUUCGUAUGCAUUCAACAACUACUACCAGAAAAAUCCAAUUCCAAAUAGCUGCAAUUUUGAUGGCGCUGCUAUUACUACCAAUACUGACCCCAGUGGUGGUUCAUGUCAAUAUCCAUCAACAAGCACAAAUGCAUCUAUUCUGAACAUAAGUAAUGCAAGUGGAUCGAGAGUAUUUGGCGCUGGACCAACCACACCAUCUACCUCAUCAGCUGUCGCGACAAGAGCACAAGCGUCCAAUGUUGAUGAUCCACCAUUGUACAGAAAGAAUGGAUCUUGCAACAACUCGUCUGCAGAUGGCCUAACAGACAUGGGAAGUAAACACUUCUCAAUGAUAUCCUUCACUCUUGAGUCUUUAACCUUUCCAAGAGAUGCAGGUUUUUCACCAGUAAUAUACACUUUCCUAAGUAUUUGCCCUUGAUUGAUGCAUUCCUUAUAUGGAUAUUCACCGGUAACCAUCUCAAGAAGACACAUCCCGAAUGCAUAUAUAUCCACCAGUUCAUUGUAUUCACCAUCGUAGAGCUCAGGAGCCAUAAAUUGAGGCGUUCCCUUAACCUCUGUGACGAAAUCACCCUCCAUAAGACGAAUCGCCAACCCAAAAUCUCCGAGCUUAACCUGUUUCCCACCACUCUGAACAAAAAUAUUAUCACACUUGAUGUCUCUAUGAAUGAUCUUCGGGUUCUGUCCAUGAAGAAAGCUCAAACCUUCAAGAAUCUGCCUACCCCAGUUCUUAAUAUUCCCCAAGUCAAUACCAGUCCCGUUAUUACUCUUCAACAUAUACUUUGUCAAACUGCCCGAAGGGAAUAAUUCUGUGAUCAUGUUUAGAGUUUUGGCCUCGGAAUCAAACCAGUAAGAGAGGCACUUCAUAACCCUCUCAUGGUUUAAAGAUUGCAAUAGAACAGCCUCAGAGAACAACUUUUCUGGUGUUUUUAAUAAUGCUUUACCAUCUUCUCCAUGAAAACUUAUUUGGUUCCACGCAAUUUCAAUGUUUUGAACUUGAUCAAACCCUAGGUACACCUCUUUAAAAGCGCCUUCACCUAACACGUCACUGUAUCUAACGAACCUACCACAUGGAGAUUUCUCUUCAACUCUGCGUGACCCGUAAUCCAUCGUAGCUUAAACUCGGACUAGAAGAAAACAAAAAACCAGAGUGUGUGACGUGGAAAAAAGAUCAAAGCGGGUGUUCAGAGAAUGCUUCGAUUGCAGCCGAGAAAGAAUCCAUAACUAACGACAAAUUUGGCUGAAAACGCAUGAUGUUUAAUAGCUGAAUAUGAGACAUUGAUGAUGAUAAUCUCAACCUUUUCAUCUCAUGAAUUUAUGCAUUAAACAAAAACGAUGAAAUUGAGUGCCGAAUGAUGAGAUUAA